GCUGGAGUUCACUUCAGUUCAGUCUGUCUGGACGCUGUUCGUUCUGCUCAGAGACUCAGACAACACGGCGAAUUUAGCGAGAACCGACGGGGAUACGUGUUUAAAGCGUGUCGUGUUUAACGAGAGAUCGCUGGUGAAGUGUCAGCGUUGAAUAUCAAGUUCAAAUACCAGGACUAGUGUAUGCGCCCAGUGCGUAGCGGUCCGGACGGGUUUCAUUCUCUUUCAUUUGAGAUUCACCGGGACACAUGGGUGGGAAUCUCGGCUGCCACCGGCCCAUUCCCAAGGACCCCACGGAUUUCUGCCAGGGCAAGCGCAAGUUCAGCGCGGCAUGCAACUUCAGCCACAUCCUGGUGAACCAGGAGCGGCUGAACAUCAACACCGCCACCGAGGAGGAGCUCAUGACUCUCCCGGGCGUCAACCGCGGGGUGGCUCGCAACAUCGUGGAGUACCGCGAAUGCAUCGGCGGAUUCAAGAAAGUCGAAGACCUGGCGCUGGUCAGCGGGGUCGGUGCCACGAAACUAGAGGCUAUUAAACUAGAGAUCUGCGUGUCGAGCAAGAACAGCUCGUCUAAUCAGUCGCCCUCGUCUCUGCGCAAAGAGCACGAGCAUCUGCCGUGCACCGGCGUCAACAUAAACACCGCCACGCCGCCGCAGCUCGUGAGCGUCCGCGGCAUCACCGAGAAACUCGCCAAGAGCAUCGUGGAGUUCCGGUCCUCGCACGGUCCGUUCCGAAGCAUCGAGGACCUGGUCAAAGUGCCCAGCAUCAGCUCGUCCCUGCUUGACCGCAUCCGCUUCCAGGUGUUCGUGGAGCGCUCGAGGACUCCUUCCACCAACACCAACGGAGGCUUCACGCAGCCGAGCCCCGCGUCCUUCAGUGGCGGCAGCGAGGAGCCGGACGCCCCGCUCGGGGGACCACCGCUCGUCACCUCUGCGCGGCCCUGCGUGGAGCCUCCGGCGGGCACGCGCGAUGGGAAGCCCGUGGUGCGCGUGGCCACAUGGAACCUGCAGCGCUGCUCCAGCGAGAAGGCCAACAACCCUGGGGUCAGAGAGGUCAUCUGUAUGACUCUCCUAGAAAACGACAUCAAGCUGCUAGCGGUUCAAGACUUGGUCGAUCGGGAGGCUUUAGACAAGUUUUGUGCAGAGCUGAAUCAGCCCUCUCUCUGCAGCGUACGCAAGUGGAAGAGCGCCAGAGGCCUGUGGAAAUGUGCCGUUUCAGAGAAACCCACCGGACAGUCCAGUAACGCUACCGAGUACUCAGGUUUCCUGUGGGACAGCUCUUCUGGGAUCGACAUGAAGGAUGCCACUGUCUUGGACAAUCCUGCGACUAAUGGAAAUGGAAAACAUCCUCACCCUCAGCCGUACAUGGGACAUUUUUACAUUGGCUCGUCUGAGCUCACGCUGGUCAGUCUGCACCUGACAGCAGCUCCGUCGCCGGCAGAACAGAAGAGAAAAAGCUCAUGUGAUGAGCUCAAGGCUCACAGACUGAGCGCCGCUCUCCAGGACACUCUCAAAGGUGAGAGAGAGCUGCUGGUGCUGGGACACUUUGGCAUGGCUCCGGACAGCCCUGAGAUGGAGUGCCUGAGGAAAGAAAAACUGUGCGCCCUCCUUGCACCAUCCGUCUUUACCAACAUCAGCACCCGCACCCCGCAGGGAUCCCGCUGUCUGGACAACAUCUGGACCAGUCGCUCACUCAAGAAGAUCUACACAGGUCACUGCUGGGUGGUGCGCGAGGGCCUGACCAACCCCUGGAUCCCUGAUAACUGGUCGUGGGGCGGGGUGGCGUCUGAACACUGUCCCGUCGUGGCCGAGUUCUUCGUGGACGUCAUGCUGAAGGAGCACCCAGGUGGAGGGAACGGACUGGCGGUGGUGGAGAGAGAAGACACCAUGUCCAAACACGAGCGGUGACCUUCGACCUUUUACAUGGCCACCGUGGACUAACACAAAGACUGUCUGAAUACAGAUGAAGAGAGCGAGAAGUGCACCAUGAUUGCCUUUGUCUUGUCUCACAGUAGAGCUUCUAUAGCAAGAGACUGUUGAUUUUAAUAUAGAGCAAUAUAAUGAGAGAUAUUUAAACACUGAUUUAUUAAACAUGUACAUACAAUGAAGUGCAAUGAGAAACAAAUGACAAGUGUGCCAGAACUUUUUAAGUGAGAACAAUAAAUGGAUAUUUAUCAGUAACCUGA